ACAGUAGAACAUAAAGGAAGUGCCAAGAACCAUCGGGGUAGUGCUUUCAUUCAAAAAUCCUGCAUAAAAAAAAGUUUCGUUUCUCUACUCGUAUUUUGCGUAAAAUUCAAUCGCGUACCAGGCAGAAGCGACAACCAUCAGUGAAUGUAGAAGCUGCCAUUUUUCGGUGUGUAAAUUUGUUGAAUCGGUGUACCAAUUUCCGUCAGCCGGGUUAAUUAAAGUUACUGAACGUUAUUCGGUCGUUCGUGCGAGGAUUUAUCCGGGAACUGUGCGGAUAUGAUCCGUUCCCCGGUUCGUGUGUAAGGAUGUGAAUUAGUUUUGCUGGGCUAAGCCAGGGGCGAAAAAAAGGCCUAUCAACAAAGAGUGUGUGUGGACCGAAGUCCUUGAGAAAAAUUUCCUGCUGCCGGUUUUUUUUUACUGUUGGACGAUUUCUGGGCAGGUCUGGAAUUUACGUUUAUCGAUUGAGGGAAGGUAUGUCCUCGAAGUUAUUGAAUUAUCCGACGGCCGGAUCCAACCCCCAUCAUCUGGGAGUGGGUGGGUCAUCAGGUGCCGGUGGCUCGGCCGGGGGUUCGGUAACCGGAUCUGGAUCCAGCAGCCGCAGUGGACAGCUCAACUUUGAGAACCUCCAGCUGGACGAUAUCCUGUGUACCGUGUGCCAAUCUGUUCUAGUCGAACCAGUGUUCCUGCCGUGCCAGCAUCGGUUCUGUCGGAACUGUCUCAGUGGUACGAUCGAGAAAAACAAUCUCAAUUGUCCUUGUUGCCGAAAACGCUUCGGAACAUGGUACCGGAAUGCUUCCAGGGUCAAUAAGCUGGUCCACCAGCAGCUAUGGAGUGCCAUCCAGAGCCAGUUCCGUGAUUACCUGGAAGAUGAUGGAGGCGGCGGAGCUGACGGAAGUGGCACCGGAACAAACCGUUGCAAUGGGAACGGAAGUGCUGGAAGCUGCUUUGUUCCCCAUGCUGAAAUCCAUUUAAGCGAACCAGGAGAAAUUCGCAAAGAGUACGAAAAUGAGCUGCAACGAUACCGCAAGGAGUUGAUCGAAGAUAAGAAAAAAGAACUCGCAGCGUCCGAGAAGUACAUAAUUAAUCUGUACAAGCAGGAAGGCAUCAUAGAUCUGGUGGAUAGCAGUGACCAUCUCUCAAUUUCAUCGACUACUAGUACCCCAGAUCAGCAACAGAAUCCAAAGCCCACAGCAGAGCAGAUCAAGAAAACAGUAACUUUCACUAACAAAGCUUCAGUAGUACAGGUCGAGGAUGAUGACGAUGAUCAAGCUGGUCCUUCGGGUUCAUCCUACCCGAAACCAUCAAACAGUAGCGAUCCAAAAAGUGAUAAUAGUAGCAGUAGUAAUAAAGUCAAUACUAGUCCACCAGGAACGUCCAAAUCACCUUCCAACGGAAGUGUCAUCUCCAUCUCGUCAACGUCGUCUGCUUCCGCGGCGUCUUCCUCGUGCAUUUCGUCGGUCUCGAGCCAGUACAGUGUGAGCAAAGGGCAGCAAUCAUCCAAGCAUUCCGCCGGCAGCAAAGUGCAACAGCAACCGAAGCGUGUUUUCACGAUGGCAGAGCUGAACAAGAGUGAGGUGUGCAUAAAGCCUACCAAACUACACAAGCGAAUUCCUAGUCAGAAAGGAACCACCACCACCAAGCAAAGUGGUAACGACAAUGAAGAGGAUGAUGAUGAGGACGAUGACGACGGCGACAGUCUACGGUCGGAGCUGAACCACUUCAAGCCCAUUCUGGCCACGACGCCAAAGAGUUGUUUCUCCCCGAAGUCUGUUGUACGGGUUCCUUCGGUACGACCGGAGACGGCCAACCGACCGUCGACAGGAGUUUCUGCCAAGCUAGACAGUUUCAGUCCCAGCAAAAGUCCUUUUAAGCCGAUCAACCCUACUACUCCUCGUCGGUCGGCUUUUUCAAUCGUGAACAUCAAUCUAUUCACGCCACCUACAGUAUCGCAAUUUGCCAAAGGCACUGAGGCUACACCCAAAAGCAGAAACAGUGGCAAUCGGAAGUCCAGCUCCUCUCGGAAAAAAUCAUCCCCUUCCAAGAAGCAAAACCAGAAACCAAGGACCACAGCUAUCCAAAGGAAAAAGAAACUAAAAUUUUCUUCUCCAGCAUCGAAACCAAACGUAAAAGAAGAGUUGCCCAUUGUAAGUGUUCAGAAACCGGUGGCGCUCGGGAGUCGCGUUACUAGACGUAGUCUCAACACGCGACAGGAGGCUCAGCAGCUAAAGAAUUUAAUCAUAUCCGAUCAAGAACGGCGUCAAGCCAUGAUCGAACAGGAGAGGAAAGAUUUUGAAUUUGCACAAAAGUUACAAAAGAAGCUGAACCGCACAAGAGGAUCCAUUGUAAUGUCGCUACCACAAUCCCUAAUAGAUCCACCUGUACUGAAGGAAAUUACCAUUACAAACCGGCGAAACACUCAGGCGUACUCGCUGCGUCGAAAAACGGUGACCAUCUUUGGUACCACUGGUAUCAUCCAAGAAGAAUCCAAAUUGGAACUCCCACCACCAUCGGAAACCAGUAGUCGGUCAUCUUCAUCAAGAAAACGCAAAACAACGAGCGUUUCGGAAGUUUCUACGAAAGCCAUCACCAAAAAAUCCAAGGUACAAACAGCUGUACUGGAACCUGGUGAAACCGGACCCCGCAGAUCCAACCGGAACCGUCACUAAAUUCGAAUGUCAGUCAACGUUCUGCUCACUGUUUCUACCCGUUCACCGUUUCGAGGAACGUGGGGAGAACAGUUUAUUAUCUUCCUUCGGUUCCUUUCGCUCCUUUUCAGGAUUGUGAUGUGUGUUAUUAAUGCUACAAACCAAUUGAUUUCUCGAAACAACAGAAAUGCGUUGUCCUUCGUUGAAGUCGUUACCCAGCAUUGAUUGCAGCUGAAAAUGUGAUUACAGAACCCAAACACACGCUUCAGGAAUGCCCAAUGGAUAACCCAUGUCAGGAAGUGACGUCAAUAGAUUGUCGAUGUUUGUCGUAAACCAGGCACCACUCGAGUGCACGUGUGUUUGGUAUGUAUUUAUUAUUACUUACUUUAACUUCUUUUUGUUUCAAAUUUCAUUGAUGCGGAGGCAUUUCAAUCGGGAACAUUUCGAUUUUUUAAAAGUUGAAUGUUCAACUUUUGAUCUUUUAUUUUGAAAGUUUCUCAAUAAACUUUUCUUUGGAGAUCAAUUGUCUGAUGUAUGAUAUAUGUACAUAUAAUUCCUUUAUUUCGUUUCGUUAUUGUAUGAUGGCGAAAAUUAAACAACAAUCUGUAAACCUCUUGUGUCAAUGUACAAUCAUUUCUAGUUUAUGAUUUAAUCAAUGUUUAAAAAACCCAUCGCGAGUUAUCGAAUAAUCAAUAAACAUUUUCUAGAACCAUUUCUUAAAAGAAAUACCCAUAUUACAAGAAUCGAACUGACGCGGUAUUUUGUGUAAACAAUGAAACAAAAAAGUAAUGAUUUCUUCCCAUUAAAGAUACUGUCACGAUAUUGAUAAAGGUUUUAAGAUCUUAUAAUCAAAUCAUGCACAACCAUCAUCAUCGCUCAAGAAUGCAGUAGCUAUUAAACGCCAAUAUGUAGAGAAAUUUUCAAUAUCAUUUAAAAGUAGACAUAACAUCAAUAUUCUUUCUUAUUGUCUUGUGGGAACAAUUCUCUUUUUUUUUUCAGAAAUUCAGUCGAUUUUUUUUUAAUUCUGCAUCCAAACCGAAACAAUUUUUAGGCGGUGAUGAAUGUGAUGAAUUUUUGUGGUAUACAGUAUGGCCAUAAAAAAGCGAAAAUCUGUCAUCAAGGUUCGACAACACUUUUAUUGAUGUUAACAUUCUCAACUACUCUCUUCAGGCGAGAUCUGAAUCGGGAGCAUACCUUCGCAAUAUAAGCCUCUGAUAUUGAAGCCCACGCCUCAGAGCGAAGAUACCAACUGAUUUUCAGAAAAGAUUUUGAAGAAAUGUCUGGAAAAGGUGAUUAACUUUUUUUUUGGUCGCCAGACCGCAAUAGUGCAGACUGCAGAUACAUUUCAUUCUAUACACUAUUAAUGCCAAUCAAACUUUUAUGGUUGUAUCGGCGUACUGCGUUCUAUGCUUAAUUCGCUGUUUUAUAUCCAUUUCCGUAACAUUCAAUUACUUAUUCGAAUCAUUUCCUACCAUUUUACCACAAAUAUUUUAAACUGCAACUGUUUUGUAAGAAAUUUUAUGUCCAAAUUGAAAAUUCUAGAAGUGUCUGGAAGAAAAGUCAAAAGUCUGAAAGUCUGGAAACCUAAAAAAAUAUCCGACGAAAGUCCAAAAAGUCUGGAAGAUUCAGACAAAAUCUGGAAGGUUGACAUCACUUCCUCAGAGAUGGAAGCAUGAUGCGUCUGAUCUAAAUUUCAUCAUGGAUGGAAGCUUUCAGAGAUUAAUACACCUACUCUACUAAGAUUAUACCUACGUACCUACCUUCAGAGAAUGAUACACCUGCAAAUGCACCUACAAAAACUGUCUUUAAAAACUGACAAAACCUCCCGCAUUUUUUCGCAUUUUUAUUGGUCAUACUGUAUGUCUUGCUCUGCUAAAAUUUCCGAAUUUUGCACAGAGUGCAAAACCGUAAAAAUCCGACCUUUUUAUCAGCUUUUGAAUAAAUUACACUGAAUCAUUUAAAAAAUGGUUCCACUGGGCAGAAUUUAUUUUAAGGAUCUAAAAUACAACAUAACAUCAAUAUCAACAAAACUUUAAAAAAUUGUGUGUAAUUUAUUUCUUCAAAACCAUUUCAUCAAGAAAAAAGCAAAAUACACAUAGCCCAACUGUGAGGAGACAUUAAAAUGCAAUUGCGUUUCUUUAUUACAUUGGGAUUUACUUGUUCUUUUAUUCCACACUCCUUGAACUUAUACCUCUAUUACUUGAAAUAGCCAAAUUAUAUCCUGAUGUAGAAAAUAACCUCAACAUGUUUAACCCCGUCGUAUAGAAUAACCUACCAAUAGUGCAAUCUCCCAAUUCCUGAAGAAAGUAGAAUCUUAUGUUCUAGUAACCGCGAUAAAGUAGCUUCAACAUCUUAUACGAUGUUUCUUAAUUCUCUAUCAAAUGAAAACCAUUUUAAACCUGUCACAGGAUCCAAACAAAUAACUGUUUCAAAUUCAGAUUACCAUUUUUCUGAGCUACAUUUGUAACGUAAAUCAAGUUAAUCGCUUUUGACAAAACUUAGAGAUGAUGGUAGGAAAAAAAACCUUAACUUGUACAGCAUCGUAACAAAGGUAAAGAAAUCAUUUGCAUUUAAUCUUUUUGAAAAUAGGAGAAGACAAAGAAACACUUGUACUAUGUUGGAAAUUUAACAAAAGUAGUCUUGUCGGUUUGACAUUAGGAUACCACUCAACAAGAAAAGAAAAAAAAUCUACUAACGAAUUAGUGAUAUGUACAUUGUACAUUUUCUCGGACAGCGUAACGUGAUUAAAUUAUUCAGAAGAUCUUAUGUACGCAGUUGUUGUUCGAAUAAUCAAGGCAAAACAAUAAAAACUGCAAGUCAGUUCCAUUCACGUAAUGUAGACCUAGCCUAGCUUAAGCCUAAGAGAUGUGUGUGUGGUUAGUUGAAAGGGUCAUAUUUACCCUUGAAUUUAUUUUGAGCUAUAAUGUGUUUCUCGGUAUAUUUCACAUAAGCAGUAGGAUGUGUUAUGAACAAGUUUAGCAGCAAACACAUAUUUACUUGUAUCAAUAAACGAAAAUAUUGAUGGAACUCGGAAAAUUCUUCGUGGUCACUCAAAAUAAAAUUAAAGGAAAAACAAAGAUACAGAAUACCACACGAUAAACAACUGAAUGUGAACGUUCAACUCUUUUUAUGUUUGUUUCCUAGUGCUAAGAAAGGACUAUAAGCGGAAGAAUACUACUAGUUUUUACCUAACUAUCACACGUUCGAAAGCCGCGUGUGUGGUUCUGUUGUACAAAAAAUUGCAAGCGAAUAAAAUUUGAUGAUAAUCGUCAGUAUAAAAUGAUAAUA